CCAAAGAUUUGUCAUUUACGCUGUUGCUUCUUCUUCUUCUUCAAGUCUUUCCCGCUCGCUCAGAGACAUUUAAACAAACACUUCGCCUACAAUAAAGUUCACAAUCAAUUCAAUAGUAAUUUUCAGAGAUAAGAAAAUGAAGUACGUCUUGGUUACUGGAGGAGUCGUGAGUGGACUGGGCAAGGGCGUCACCGCCAGCAGCAUAGGCGUCGUCCUUAAAGCCUGUGGCCUCCGUGUUACUUCUAUCAAAAUUGAUCCUUAUCUGAAUACUGAUGCUGGAACCAUGUCUCCUUUUGAACAUGGGGAGGUUUUUGUUCUUGAUGACGGUGGAGAGGUCGAUUUGGAUUUAGGUAACUAUGAGCGCUUCCUAGAUGUUACUCUUACCAAAGAGAAUAACAUUACUACUGGAAAGAUAUAUCAGUCUGUCCUUGAUAAGGAACGAAAAGGUGAUUUUCUUGGGAAGACUGUUCAGGUUGUUCCACACAUCACAGAUGCUAUUAAGGAGAGGAUUGAGUCAGUUGCUCACGUUCCUGUGGAUGGAAAAGAGGGUCCUGCGGAUGUCUGUGUGAUAGAAUUGGGAGGCACUGUGGGCGACAUCGAAUCAAUGCCAUUCAUCGAGGCUUUGCGACAGCUGUUUUUUUCAGUUGGACAUGAUAACUUCUGCCUUAUUCAUGUCAGCCUAAUACCUGUCCUGGGCGUUGUUGGAGAGCAAAAAACUAAGCCUACACAGCAUAGUGUCCGGGAACUUAGAGCCUUGGGCUUGACUCCUCACCUGCUUGCUUGUCGCUCAGCUCAGCCUUUAUUGGAUAACACAAAGCAGAAACUUUCACAAUUCUGUCAUGUUCCGGCUGCUAACAUCCUUAAUAUUCACGAUGUUCCCAACAUUUGGCAUAUUCCCCUCUUGCUGAGAAACCAAAAUGCUCAUCAUUCAAUUCUGAAACAGCUAGAUUUACUGAGCAUUGCCACGCCUCCAGAUUUAGAAGCCUGGACCAGGAUGGCAGAAACUUUUGAUAAUCUCACUGAUUCUGUCGGUGAGGAUUGCUAUGGUUGGGAAAUAUGUUGGUUUGACAGACUCAUAUUUAUCCGUUGUGAAGGUUUGGCACUUUUACAUGCCUGCAUUGCAUGCUCUUUGAAGCCAUCUAUUGACUGGAUUGCAGCUUCAGACCUCGAAGAUGAUUCUGUUAAAUCGGCCCCAGAAGCGCAUGCUGCUGCAUGGAAGACCUUGAGAAAUGCUGAAUGUGUCCUAGUUCCUGGUGGAUUUGGAGAUCGCGGUGUAAGUGGAAUGAUAUUGGCUGCCAAAUAUGCUAGAGAAAAUAAUGUUCCUUAUCUUGGCAUUUGCUUGGGCAUGCAGAUCUCUGUAAUAGAGUAUGCCAGAUCUGUUCUUGGUUUUGAAAGGGCAAACAGUGCAGAGUUUGAUAAGGAGACGCAUAAUCCUGUCGUCAUUUUUAUGCCUGAAGGAUCAAGAACUCAUAUGGGAAGCACAAUGAGAUUAGGAUCUCGAAGAACACUAUUUCAGACUACUGAUUGUGUUACUUCUAAAUUGUACUGCAAUGCACAAUAUGUAGAUGAGCGACAUCGGCAUAGAUAUGAGGUAAACCCAGAUAUGAUUGAGGUUCUUGAAGAAGCUGGGCUGAAAUUUGUUGGGAAGGAUGAAACUGGGAAAAGGAUGGAGGUUCUGGAGCUUCCAGGUCAUCCAUUUUAUGUAGGAGUGCAGUUUCAUCCAGAAUUUAAAUCACGGCCAGGGAAGCCCUCUGCACCGUUUUUAGGUCUCAUAUUAUCUGCAAAAGGACAAUUGGAAGCAUAUCUUAACAGGCAUCAGAAUGGAAGUUGAUUAACAAGUUGUAAUGAUAUGUCCGAAUUAGAUUACAAGCUCCUAAUCUGAAGGUAGGAAGAAGUUGAUAUACGGUAGGAGGUAAUCUUGAAGCGGAUAAUACAAAUUAAGGCACACAUUCGGCCCUUCAGCUGGUUUACCACAGUAGCAGAGCAAAAUUUGGGAGUUGCUACCUGAAAGUCGUGGCAGUAGGUGAAAGUUUAUAACAUCAAUUCAUUGACUGAUUACGUUUCUGUUCUAUUGUGCAAGCCCUUUUUUUAUUUUUAUUUUAUAUUAUUGUAUACGGUUUGAGGCAAGACAGCUGUUGGCCAAUAAUUUUCUUUGGAGAAGUUGCUCAAGUUUCAAAACUACCAUGUAACUAAUUGUGUAUCAAUUGUUUUUUCUCGUGACCAACAUGAUUGGAUUUAGUCGCUGUGAUAUAUAUAUAUAUAUGUGUGUAUUUCUUUGA